UAAUGGAAUAGUAGCUGUGGUUGUGAUUCUCAUUGUGUUCAUCACCUUCAUCAUCUGCUGCUGCUGCCCCUGCUGCUGUAUCUAUAAAAUGUGUAGAAAACCCAGACCUGUGGUAACAACGCAAGUAACCACAGUCACGAAUGUGCAAAGCAUUCAGCAGCAGCAGCAGGCGGUCCAGUACCCACAAUACCAACCAGUGCCGACUCAACCAGGUUACGGUGGUCAGCCAAUGCAGAUGGGACCAUAUCAGGGACAGCAAUAUGCACCAGGACCCCCACCUCCAUAUCACAUAGCCACGAGUCCUGGAUAUCCCACUGGUCAGAGUGCAUAUGAUGGAGGCCAGGCCAUGUACCCCAUGCAACCGCCUGCCCAGCCAGGUGUUGCUUAUAUGCAUUCAGAGACAUCGAGUCAGCCGCCCUACAACCCCGCCUACAUGCAGCCACCAAACACUGGUUACUAAACCACAACCGUCUAUCACAUCAGUCACUGCUGGAUUGUGGAGGUUGAUGCACUUUCGCUAGGCAGUAAGAAUGUGUCUAAUUCAAUUACAUGAGACUAUUGGAUGUGCUAUAGUCAGGGUUUUUAGAGUUUUUAUUACUUUCACUUUCUUUCAGUUUAGUUUUUGCUCUGUGACACACUGGAAAAAUGGGAAUUGUAAAUAAAACAAAGACUGCUACAGCACAUUUUUGAAGAAAAUACAAUUUCAGUCUUUCUGCUUUCAACAAGAAUAAAUACAGUAUUUUUUUAAAUGCAGUUUUAGUGUUUUCUACUUUCAGCAUUAUUCUAGUAUUGUUAUUUUACUUAACUGUACUGAUAAGCAACAAAAAAUUUAUAUACUAAAAAAUAAAAUCUUAUAUCUAACUUCUCGUUUUUAUUUUAAUUAUUCUUUUUAGUUAAUGUUUUUUAGUUUUGGUUUAUGUAAUUUUGUUACAGAGUUUUUUUUAAUAUAUUUUUUAUACAACAGUGUAAUACUCACAGAAAUAUAAAUGUAUUGGUUUUUACAUUUUUAAUAGCAGGAACAGUGAUUCUAUUUAUAAAAUGUGUCAACAAGUUUUCCAUUUUGAGUUUUUGAAUAACAAUAGUGUCACAAAAUUUAGACAAUUAUGUUAUGACUUUGUAGUCAUAAGAAUGGCUGUCAAGGUAGUAAAAAUUUUUACAUUUUUGAUAAAGCAACCUUUGUUAAGCAUUAGGAAACCACUGUUUUUGCAGUUCCCUUUCAGACUGUAUUAUCUUUUUCAGGAGACAUGGUGCAGCUUGUUUGUUUAAAGUCUAUACAUUGUGUAAAUGUUCAGCUGGUGUUUUUUUUUUUUUUUUAUAUAUGUGUGUAAGAUGUCUUUUUUUUGUCUUUUUUUUUUUUU